AUGGAGGAAGAAGGCACCGGCGGUAGUGACAACAUUGUCACUGAAUUUAAUACAUAUGAAGAUUUCCUUGAUUCUCAGAUCACACCGCUAGAUUUGUUCUAUUUGGAGGAUCAAGAGUUGGCAAGACAGCUUGUAGAGUUAGGGUAUCGUGGCAGUGGAGAAGUAUUAAAACGAGAAGAAUUUGAGGCAAGAAAACGUGCGGCAGAAGCCAGCAGACUGGCUCAGAAUAACCAGCAGAAAAAAUUGGCAAGUGAUGAUAAAAUUAUCAAAGACCCUUUGCUCGCAGCUCUUGCUGUGAGAGAAGCAGCCAACAGAAAUGGAAAGAUGACAUCAAUUAUCUUUAUCAGGGACCGCAACUCUAGAGGACAGGAAAUCUCAGGUUACAUAGAUUAUGCGUUCAGGUUGAAAACAGAAGAUUUUGAACCCUAUUUUAGUGGCAAAAAACGUCUCCUUCCACGGCCAUCGGACUUGAGCUUCUACAACUGGGAGACAACUACAUCGACAUCCAACCCAACCCCCAACUACCAGGUGAUUGCAGAGAAUGCAUCAGGGCUGCUAUUUAAGAACAAGAGGGAUAGAAAGAUAAUAAAUGUUGACCCUAAGGCUCCCACUCCAGGUGACAACUCAGAGCGGCAUGUGAUUAACACCAACAAGUACAUCCAAGCUGUUAUUUAUGACCACAUAAACCGCAGAAAGACAUAG